GCCGAGAGACCCCGACGUGGUGGUACCUCUCGCAUUGCAGAAUGCGAAGAUGGCCAGCCUGCUCCCAGGCCAAGAUGUGUUCCGCCGCUUCACCCCAGAGUCGCUGGCGGAGAUCGAGAAGCGCAUGGCCGAGGAAAAGGCGGAGCAGGAGAGGAAGAAGCACGUAGAGGUGGCCGAGGAGGACCUGCCCAAGCCCAGCAGCGACCUGGAGGCGGGCAAGGUCCUGCCCUUCAUCUACGGAGACCCUCCGCCCAAGAUGCUCAACAUACCGCUCGAGGAGCUGGAUCCUUAUUACAAAGCACAGAAAACCUUCAUUGUCAUCUCCAAAGGGAAUACAAUCUUCAGGUUUAAUGCAGAACCUGCCUGCUACAUUCUGAGCCCUUUUAGUAUUGUUAGGAGAGGAGCCAUCAGAAUUCUCAUACAUUCAUUUUUUAGCAUGUUCAUCAUGGUAACCAUUCUGUCAAACUGUGUGUUCAUGACGUUGAGUAAUCCCCCCGCGUGGAGUAAAACUGUAGAGUAUGUUUUUACUGGCAUUUAUACCUUUGAGGCAACAAUCAAAGUGUUGUCCAGAGGGUUCUGCAUCGGCUCUUUUACAUUCCUUCGAGAUCCAUGGAACUGGCUGGAUUUCAUGGUGAUCAGCAUGGCGUACAUCACUGAGUUUGUCGAUCUGGGCAACGUGUCUGCCCUCAGGACGUUCCGUGUGCUCCGAGCUCUUAAAACAAUCACUGUAAUUCCCGGUCUGAAAACGAUCGUGGGCGCUCUGAUCCAGUCAGUGAAGAAGCUGGGGGAUGUGAUGAUCCUCACCGUCUUCUGCCUCAGUGUCUUCGCCCUCAUCGGGCUGCAGCUCUUCAUGGGCAACCUGCGACACAAGUGCAUCCGCUGGCCCAUCUUCUCCAACGACACCUGGGCCGACGACUUCAACUCCACCGCCAUCUUCAACGACACCUUGGCCUUUAACUCCACCAGCAACAGCACUUUUAACUUCAAUGAAUACAUCAACAAUCCAGAAAACCAGUACUUUUUGGAUGGCCAAAUGGAUGCACUUCUUUGUGGAAACAGCUCUGAUGCUGGAAAGUGUCCUGAAGGGUACAUGUGCAUGAAGGCUGGGCCGAAUCCAAACUAUGGCUACACGAGUUACGACAGCUUCGGCUGGGCUUUCCUGGCCCUCUUCCGUCUCAUGACACAAGACUACUGGGAGAACUUGUUCCAGCUGACACUGCGCGCAGCGGGGAAGACCUACAUGAUCUUCUUUGUGGUCAUCAUUUUUCUGGGCUCCUUCUACCUCAUUAACCUCAUCCUAGCGGUGGUGGCCAUGGCUUACGCAGAGCAGAAUGAAGCCACCAUCACAGAGGCCAGGGAGAAGGAGGAGGAGUACCAGAGGAUUCUAGAACAGCUGAAGAAACAGGACACAAAGCAGAAGAAUGCCGUCACCGACAGCAAGACAUCGCUGGCCAGCAAAAGUGCCAAGAAAGGGGAUGGUGACUCAGAGCAUGAUUUCGCUGAUGAUGAGCGAAGCCUUCGGGAGGACGGCGAGUGUGUAAAGAAGCAGAAGGGAAAAGCACCGAUGUCCAACGGGUCCAGGCUCAGUGUGCUUGACCUGGACACACCCGACAUGCAGAAGAGAGCUUCUAUCGCUGUAAGCGUCACCAGCAAUGCCAUGGAAGAACUUGAAGAUGCCCAGAGGCCAUGUCCGCCGGGGUGGUACAAGUUUGCCAAUAUUUUCCUGAAAUGGGACUGUUGUUCGCCAUGGAUCACCUUUAAAAAAUGGGUGUACUUUGUGGUGAUGGACCCAUUUGUGGACUUAGGAAUCACCAUCUGCAUCAUCCUGAACACCCUCUUCAUGGCUAUGGAGCACUAUCCCAUGAGUGCAGACUUUGAGAACAUGCUUACGGUUGGAAAUUUGGUUUUCACCGGCAUCUUCACUGCAGAGAUGGUCUUCAAACUUAUCGCCAUGGACCCGUACUACUAUUUUCAGGUCGGCUGGAACAUUUUCGACAGCAUCAUUGUGACACUGAGCCUGGUAGAGCUGGGCCUGGCCAAUGUCCAGGGCCUGUCUGUUCUGAGGUCAUUCCGUUUGCUGCGUGUCUUCAAGCUGGCCAAGUCCUGGCCAACUCUCAACAUGCUGAUCAAGAUCAUCGGGAACUCGGUGGGCGCCCUGGGCAACCUGACUCUGGUCCUGGCCAUCAUCGUCUUCAUCUUCGCCGUGGUGGGCAUGCAGCUGUUCGGCAAGAGCUACAAGGAAUGCGUCUGCAAGAUUGCCGAGGACUGCGAGCUCCCACGCUGGCACAUGACCGACUUCUUCCACUCCUUUCUCAUCAUCUUCCGCAUUCUGUGCGGGGAGUGGAUCGAGACCAUGUGGGACUGCAUGGAGGUGGCCGGACAGGCCAUGUGUCUCAUCGUCUUCAUGAUGGUCAUGGUCAUCGGGAACCUGGUGGUUUUGAACCUCUUCUUGGCCUUGCUGCUGAGCUCGUUCAGCGGGGACAACCUGGCCAGCUCUGAUGAGGACGGGGAGAUGAACAACCUGCAGAUCGCCAUCGGCCGGAUCACCAGGGGCAUCGACUGGGUCAAAGCUUAUGUCAUCGGGCUGAUCAGGAGGAUUCUGGGAAAGAAGCCCAAGGAGGACGAUGAGGGUGGGGGCAGUGAGGAUGACCCCAAGAAGGACAACUUUGUUCUGAAUCACAUGGAUUCUGGGGAUGACCCAAAAUCAGAUCUCAAAAUGGUGGAUGGCAAGUCCAACUGGGCAGUUGAAGUCGCUGCCAGCGGAUCCCUGACCAACGCCGACAUGACCCUUAGCGUGCCUAUCGCCAAGGUGGAGUCAGAUUUUGAGAACCCAGAUGACGAAGACGACAUUACUUCAGAGGAUGAAAAUGAACUCCAGGGGGAAAAACAGGACAUGGAAGAUGACUCGUCACACUGCAGCACAGUGGACUGCAAGCCCUCUGCAGAGGAGGAGGACACCCCUGAGGAUGAAUUGGAGCAAGGAGACCCAGAGGAGUGCUUCACGGAAGGCUGCAUCAGGCGCUGCCCGUGUCUGGUGGUGGACAUCACGCAGGGCAGAGGGAAGAAGUGGUGGAACCUCAGGAGAACCUGCUAUGCCAUCGUGGAGCACAACUACUUCGAGACCUUCAUCAUCUUCAUGAUCCUGCUCAGCAGCGGAGCUCUGGCUUUUGAGGACAUAUACCUCGAGCAGCGCAGGACUAUAAAAAUAAUCCUGGAGUAUGCAGAUCAAGUCUUUACUUACAUCUUUGUUAUGGAAAUGCUUCUAAAAUGGGUGGCCUAUGGUUUUAAAACCUACUUCACCAAUGCUUGGUGCUGGCUGGACUUCCUCAUUGUGGAUGUUUCUCUGAUCAGCUUGACGGCAAAUAUACUGGGCUACUCUGAGCUGGGACCCAUCAAAUCCCUGAGAACGCUGAGGGCCCUCAGGCCCCUGAGAGCUCUGUCCAGAUUUGAGGGGAUGAGGGUGGUGGUAAAUGCCCUGGUGGGGGCCAUCCCCUCCAUCUUCAAUGUGCUCCUGGUGUGCCUCAUCUUCUGGCUCAUCUUCAGUAUCAUGGGCGUCAACCUGUUUGCUGGCAAGUUCUACCGCUGCAUCAACACCACCACCGAGGAGCUCUUCACCACCGACGAGGUGGACAACAAAACCCAGUGCAUGGAGCUCAUGCACACCAACGAGGUGCGCUGGAUCAACAUGAAGGUCAACUACGACAACGUGGGCAUGGGCUACCUCUCCCUGCUGCAGGUGGCAACAUUUAAAGGGUGGAUGGAUAUCAUGUACGCAGCUGUGGAUUCACGUGAGUUGGAGGAUCAGCCUGUGUAUGAGGACAACCUCUACAUGUACCUGUACUUUGUCAUCUUCAUUAUCUUUGGGUCCUUCUUCACCCUCAAUCUCUUCAUUGGUGUGAUCAUUGACAACUUCAACCAGCAAAAGGCAAAGCUUGGCGGUAAGGACAUCUUCAUGACAGAGGAACAGAAGAAGUACUACAAUGCCAUGAAAAAACUGGGCUCUAAGAAGCCGCAGAAGCCCAUUCCAAGACCUUUGAACCCCAUCCAAGGCCUGAUAUUUGACUUAAUCACAAAGCAGUUCUUCGACAUCUUCAUCAUGGUGCUCAUCUGCCUCAACAUGGUGACCAUGAUGGUUGAGACGGAUGACCAAAGCAAAGAGAAGGAGGACAUCUUGUAUUUGAUCAAUCUGGUCUUCAUUGUCAUCUUCACCACCGAGUGCGUCCUCAAGUUGCUUGCGCUGAGACAAUAUUUCUUCACCGUGGGAUGGAACAUUUUUGAUUUUGUGGUGGUCAUUCUCUCCAUAGUGGGUAUCAUGCUGGCAGAUAUCAUAGAGAAGUACUUUGUUUCGCCGACCCUUUUUCGUGUUAUCAGACUGGCCAGAAUUGGUCGCGUCCUGCGUCUAAUCCGGGGGGCCAAAGGCAUCCGAACGCUGCUGUUCGCUCUGAUGAUGUCACUUCCCGCCCUCUUCAACAUCGGUCUGCUCCUUUUCCUGAUUAUGUUCAUCUUCUCCAUCUUCGGCAUGUCAAACUUUGCGUACGUCAAAAAGAUGGGCGGCAUCGACGACAUCUUCAACUUCGAGACGUUCGGCAACAGCAUAAUCUGCCUGUUUGAGAUCACCACCUCUGCUGGCUGGGACGGGCUCCUGCUGCCUAUCUUGAAUAGUGGUCCCCCGGACUGCGACCCAGACCUGGAAAACCCAGGCUCCGAGGUGAGAGGGGACUGCGGCAGCCCAGGCGUGGGCAUUGUGUUCUUCUGCAGCUACAUCAUCAUGUCCUUCCUCGUGGUGGUCAACAUGUACAUCGCCAUCAUCUUGGAGAACUUCAACGUGGCCACCGAGGAGAGCAGCGACCCACUGUGCGAGGACGACUUCGACAUGUUCUACGAGACUUGGGAGAAGUUUGAUCCGGACGCUACGCAGUUUGUGGACUACAGCCGGCUCUCUGACUUCUGCGACACCUUGCAAGACCCUCUCCGGAUUCCCAAGCCUAACACGAUCAAGCUGAUCACUAUGGAUCUUCCAAUGGUUCCUGGUGACAAGAUCCACUGCCUGGACAUCCUGCUCGCCCUCACCACAGAGGUGCUGGGUGAAUCGGGGGAGAUGGACGCCCUCAAGGCGAGCAUGGAGGAGAAGUUUAUGACCAACAACCCCUCCAAGGUGGCCUAUGAGCCCAUCACCUCCACGCUGAGGCGCAAGCAAGAGGAGGUGGCCGCGUCAGUCAUCCAGAGAGCCUAUCGCAAGCACCUGCUGAAGCGGACCGUCAAACAUGCCUCCUAUAAGUUCCGCGAGAAGACAGACAUGACGAAAGAGAACGAGGAGCCACCAGAGAAAGAGGGGAUGAUCGCCAAGGCCAUGAGCGCCCUCUACGACAGCAAGGAGGACCCGACUGCCAAAGAAGUCCAACCGUUUUCGGCCUCUCUGGGUGCCCUGCCUUUAACAGACCCUAUAGAAAUGCAGCCCCUUGUGGGGCCCAGGGAAGAGCAGCCUCACGUUGCCCCAGUAGAAGUCACAAGUGAAGUAGUCCUGCAUUCUGCCCCAUCCAUUGCCCCUGAACCCACCACACCUCUGGGCAGCAUCAGGGAGUCUGUUGUCUAA